GUCUCUGAUGUGAUGGAGAAGGUCUCUGAUGUGAUGGAGGAGGUCUCUGAUGUGAUGGAGGAGGUCUCUGAUGUGAUGGAGAAGGUCUCUGAUGUGAUAGAAGGGGUCUCUGAUGUGAUGGAGAAGGUCUCUGAUGUGAUGGAGGAGGUCUCUGAUGUGAUGGAGAAGGUCUCUGAUGUGAUGGAGAAGGUCUCUGAUGUGAUGGAGGAG